AUGGCGUCCGCCAUCUUCUUCCUCGACUUGAAGGGCAAGACCCUUCUUGCCCGUAACUACCGUGGAGACAUCCCAAUGUCAGCCGUUGAAAAGUUCCCGGUCCUCCUCAGUGAAGCAGAGGAGGAAUCGUCGGCCGUCCCUCCGUGUUUCUCCCACGAAGGCAUCAACUACCUCUACAUCCGUCACAACAACCUCUAUCUCCUUGCCCUGACGAAACGAAACACCAACGCCGCCGAGAUCCUCCUCUUCCUCCACAAGAUCGUCGAAGUCUUCACAGAAUACUUCAAGGCUCUCGAGGAGGAGUCCAUUCGCGACAACUUCGUCAUCAUUUACGAGCUCCUCGACGAGAUGAUGGAUUUUGGUUACCCCCAGACAACCGAGUCUAAGAUCCUCCAGGAAUACAUCACCCAGGAGUCCCACAAGCUGGAGAUCCAGGCCCGCCCGCCCAUCGCAGUCACCAAUGCCGUCUCAUGGCGUUCCGAGGGCAUUAGAUACCGCAAGAACGAGGUCUUCCUCGACGUCGUCGAGAGCCUUAACCUUCUCGUCAGCGCCAACGGCAACGUUCUGCGCAGUGAGAUUCUUGGCGCCAUCAAGAUGAAGUGCUAUCUUAGCGGCAUGCCCGAGUUGCGCCUCGGCCUCAAUGACAAGGUCAUGUUCGAGACGACAGGCCGUACCACACGCGGCAAGGCCAUCGAGAUGGAGGACGUCAAGUUCCACCAGUGUGUGCGCCUGUCGCGCUUCGAGAACGACCGCACUAUCUCCUUUAUCCCUCCCGACGGCGAAUUCGAGCUCAUGAGCUACCGCCUGAAUACCCAGGUCAAACCACUCAUCUGGGUCGAGUGCGUCGUUGAGAGCCAUAGUGGGUCACGCAUCGAGUACAUGCUCAAGGCCAAGGCCCAGUUCAAACGGAGGAGUACGGCCAAUAACGUCGAGAUCAUCGUGCCGGUCCCUGACGAUGCCGACACCCCGCGCUUCCGCACCAACAUCGGCGCCGUACACUACGCCCCCGAGCAGAGCGCCAUUGUGUGGAAGAUCAAGCAGUUUGGAGGCAACAAGGAGUUUAUGAUGAGAGCGGAGCUGGGUCUCCCCUCGGUACGGGGCGAUGACGAGCACGGCGGCGGUAUGACUGGUGGCUUCGGCGGUAGUAUGGGCGGUGUUGGCGCGCCGGGCAAGGGUGCCAAGAGGCCAAUCCAGGUCAAGUUUGAGAUCCCCUAUUUCACUACGAGUGGUAUUCAAGUCCGGUACCUCAAGAUUACAGAGCCCAAGCUGCAAUAUCCCUCAUUGCCUUGGGUCAGAUACAUCACCCAGUCGGGAGACAUAGCCGUGAGAUUGCCCGAUGCGGUAUGA